AUGCAGCUCGCAUUCGCUGCGGACGACAUCCCCAAGGAAUGCUUCCAACCCUUGAGCGACGAGUACGAGCUGCGCCCACUGGCGUCUUGCGAUUACAAACGCGGGUUCAACGAGGUACUCGCCUGCUUGGUCGAGACGCCAGACGAAGGCGAAGCAGCGUGGAAGCAACGAUUCGACGCCAUGGUGGCAGCUUAUGGGACUUACUUCCCCAUCGUGAUCGUAUCCAAGGAAACGGACAGGAUCGUAGCCAUGGGCACCGUCGUGGUCGAGCUCAAGUUCUUCCGCGGAUUAACAAGAGUCGGUCAUGUCGAGGACAUUGUCGUCGAUACGAGGUUGCAUAGCAAAGGGCUCGGAAAGAUCAUUGUCGAGACGGUCAAGGCUAUCGGAAUUUCGAAAGGAUGCAGCGGCAUCAUUCUCAACUGCAGCGACGAGAAGAAGCCUUUCUACGAAAAGUGUGGCUUCUCGUACAGUGGCCUACAGAUGGCCAAGAGGAUCCGUUGA